CUCCGCCAGCAGAGGGAGCUUCCUGCCCAGACGCUCCAUUAGUGAGUGAAGCGCGGGAAGCUCUGGAGACCACGACGCAUGCGCAAGACCCCCUAAUAGAGAUGGCGGAGUCCCCCAGCGCCAAGAGAAAGCGUGAUGAGAACGGAGCCGCCGAGUCCCAAGACAAAGCGGACGCGGCUAGCAGUUUUCCUUUGGCUGAAUUCUCCGUCUGUAAAGUGCUUAGGGAGUCUGCGCGGGACAAGACUAUCUUCCUUCACGGGCAGGUGAAUGGCGCUUCUGGGGAUGGCACAGAUGCUGUGGUGAUUCUGGAGAAGACGCCCUUCCAGGAGGAAAACGUCGCGGAACUCCUACAGAAAUAUACCAAGCUCCAGCUCCAGAUGUCCAAUGACAUCUACAGCACUUACUGCCUAUACCUUCCUCCUGAGCUGAAUGAGAUAAAAACUACUGUGGUGUACCCGGCAACAGAGAAACACCUUCAGAAAUAUUUGUGUCAGGAAGUGUAUCUCAUCCAGGAGACUGGGGAGGAUUACAAGACCAUUACUCUGCCUUUUAUCCAAUCGCAGAGCUUCAGCAUUCAGUGGGUAUACAACAUCUUGGAGAAGAAGGCUGAAGCUGAUAGAAUAAUCUAUGAAAACCCAGAUCCUGCUAAUGGGUUUGUUCUCAUUCCAGAUUUUAAAUGGGAUCAAAAGCAGCUAGACGACUUAUACUUAAUUGCCAUCUGCCACUGUCGGGGAAUCAAGUCACUAAGGGAUCUUACCGCUGACCAUCUGCCUUUGCUGAAGAACAUCUCACAAGAAGGGAAGGAAGCCAUAGUGAAGCGCUUUCGCAUUGCCGGAGCCCAGCUGCGAGUCUACCUGCAUUACCAGCCGUCCUACUACCACCUCCACGUUCAUUUCACUGCCCUGAGCUACGAUGCACCUGGAUGCUCUGUGGAGCGAGCCCACCUUCUCUCCGAUGUGAUUGAUAACCUCGAGUUCGAUGCCCAGUACUAUCAGAAGCGCACCUUGACCUUUGCCCUCCGGGCAGAUGAACCCCUGCUGAAGAAAUUCCAGGAUGCUGGCCGUGUCUAAACUCUCAGAAGACAGUUGAGCCAAGUGUACAUAUAUCCCAUAGGGAGCAUUUCGUAUUGUCUUUAAGACAUUUUGUUUAUGGUUUUAUAAGACUACCGGUUAUAUUUUGUGUUGCCAUUGAAACAUUUCCCCCCGUUAUCAAUAAAUGGGUAUGUUCUGAUUCGAA